UCCAUUGCCUCGUUCACUCGGAGGAUGCUUUUGUCUGACGUGCCGUUUAAUGAAUCGGCUAGCUACACAAACGUUUUAGCCGCAGCGGCCGCAGCAGUCCGAGGUGCUGGCUUUUCGGGGAUGGACUGAUGCAGAUGGGUGUUGCCUUUGCUCUCGAUCGGCUACUCCAGCGGUUAUAUUCAACCUGCACGUCGGCUGACUGUUUUACGGUAGUCUGAUGCUACCGGUUGUAGUCUGAGGUCUAGAAAACUGCGUCGGGUUCGUUCAGCCAUUGAGUUCGCUGAAUGUGCCUCUGGAAGGAGUUGCUGUGCUGAACGCACUGAGGCUUAAAAGAAAGACGGGUGAGAAAAGAAAUUCCAAACAGAACUCCACACUACUCACAGGUUUGCCAGCGCUGAAGUGAAGCCAGCAGCCAUGGCAAAGGAAGGCGUAGAGAAAACAGAGGAGACGGAACACAUGAUAGAAAAAGAUGCGGGCAAGGAGCCGGAGACAGUCCUGAGCAGCGGGAAUGCCAAGGAGAUGCGAGCUGUAGUACUGUCGGGCUUCGGAGGGCUCAACAAGCUCAGGGUGACCAAGAAAGCGAUGCCCGAACCUCAGGAAGGGGAGGUUAAAGUCCGCGUCAAAGCCUGUGGCUUGAAUUUUUUAGAUUUAAUGGUUCGACAAGGAAACAUUGAUAACCCACCAAAGACACCUCUUGUCCCUGGAUUUGAAUGCUCUGGCAUUGUGGAAGCACUGGGUGAAAACACAAAAGAAUUUGAGAUUGGAGAUCGAGUUAUGGCGUUUGUGAACUAUGGUGCCUGGGCUGAAGUUGUGUGCACUCCUGCAGAAUUUGUAUACAAAAUUCCUGAUGAUAUGACUUUCACAGAAGCUGCUGCUUUCUCUAUGAACUUUGUAGCUGCCUAUAUGAUGCUGUUUGAAGUUGCCAACCUGCGAGAAGGGAUGUCUGUAUUGGUUCACUCGGCUGGAGGAGGAGUGGGCCAGGCUGUUGCACAACUGUGUUCAACAAUUCCUAAUGUCACUGUUUUUGGAACAGCCUCAUCCUUCAAGCAUGAAGCCAUCAAAGAUUCUGUUACUCAUCUGUUUGACAGGAGUGUGGAUUAUGUUCAGGAAGUGAGAAAAAUCUCUGCAGAUGGAGUAGAUAUUGUCCUGGAUUGCCUUUGUGGUGAAAACACAGGAAAAGGUUUAGGCCUUCUAAAGCCACUUGGAACAUAUAUCUUAUAUGGUUCUUCAAACAUGGUUACUGGAGAAACAAAAAGCUUUUUUAGCUUUGCUAAGUCUUGGUGGCAGGUGGAGAAAGUGAACCCUAUAAAACUCUAUGAGGAGAAUAAAGUGAUUGCUGGAUUUUCACUGCUAAACCUUCUUUUCAAACAAGGCAGAAGCGGUCUUAUAAAGACAGUGGUCGACAAACUAAUUUCCCUGUAUAAUGAAAAGAAGAUCAAACCAUUGGUAGAUUCACUUUGGGCUCUGGAGGAGGUAAAAGAAGCAAUGCAGAGGAUUCAUGACCGGGGAAAUAUAGGCAAACUAAUCCUGGAUGUAGAAAAGUCUCCUACUCCUCUGAUGGCCAAUGACAGCACAGAGACAAGUGAGGCAGGAGAGGAGGAAGAAGAUCACGAAGGUGACAAUGACAACAAGGAAAGGAUGCCUUUCAUCCAGUAAUCAAGUGAAAGAGUUCAUCUCAUUAAGCAGACAAGAGGCAUCAGGAGGACCCUUUGUAUCAGUGAACAAAUGCUGUAGUACAAAUAUGUGUUGUUGUGUUUGCCUUUCAGCUGAGCUGUUUGAAAAUUUGUGGCUUGUCGAACAACUGAAGUGCCAUUCUCAAUGAAGUAUUAUUAUGAUGUUACUUUAUGUCUUACUGACUAAACUAUUGUUGAUUUUUUUGCAAACCAUUCCUGUUGUGUGUGACAUGUUUUUGAAGCAUUCCUUAAGCAAAUCACUACCUUCUGGUCCCUUGACGAUCAAUCAUAACUAUUCACCUAGACAGCCCCAGUCAACAGUACUGCACAUAAACAAAGCUUUCAGUUCUUUUAUGCUGGGAUCAUGCUCUAAAGAUGGCUUGUUAAUAAGUACGUUUUUGCCAGAAGAAAAGAAAAAUACCUCUUAUAUUUUAAAAAUCCUAGUUAUUUUAUUAUUAAUAAUUAAGUAUGAGUAAUAGUUUAUAGGAAUUUUUACCUUUCAGUAAAAGUGUUGCAUGUGUCAGUGGUCUCUUGAGACAGACAGUAUAAUUUCAGAAAUUAACAAAUCAGCCAAAAUAUAUGUCUGAAGCAAAAAGGUAUGGUGAACUAAUAGAGUUUGUGUCAGGGUAUUUGGACUAGUAAUAUAUUUGCCUUAUUUUGUUUAGCCUACGAAGAGAAUGAAUCUUUGUUUGAUUCAAUUCAAACUAUAGGCACAAAAAUUAUACUUAUAAGCUAAGUACAUAUGUCAUGUAUAUUAUUUUAUGAUUAAAUUAUUUUAUAUAUCUAAAAAAUAUAAGAUCAUCAUACAGAGGUUGAUCAUUAUUGCCAUUUUAAAUAUCAUGGCAGUGUACUUUAGUAUGAAGAGUAUAGGGAAUAAAACACUGGUUGGGCUACUUUAAAUCCUUGGUUAAUGAAGCUUUUUAAAUUUAUGAAAUGUUGCCAAAAUUGUUGUGAAAGAGGUGCAUAUUUUGCUUUUGGGAAUGCUGCAUUUUAUAGACAUGUGCCAGGUUUUAUAGAAAUUUUAAGAGAAUGUUAAUCAUAUAUUUUUCUCAAAAAAUACAUUGGUACAGUUGAAUGUGGAGGUAUGAAGUAACACUCUGUACCCGUAAGAUUUUAUAAAUAUUUGCCCAUAAAGUUCUGAAGUAAAUAUGAUGCACUAUCAACAAAAAUAGUAUUAAUAAGUAUAUAAUAUGCUGCACUUAGAAAGCAACAUUUGUGCAUUUUCAGUAUUUUUAAUUAUACAUUUGUAUGUCAGCCUUACAUGCGGAAUAAUUAUAGCUUCAUUAGUAAUUCCUAUACAAAGUAUACUGUUCAUAACAUAUUAAAGUUACAAUAUCAACAUAUGAUGCUGCAUUAAUAAUACUAACACCUCACAUACAUACAGUAGAUACUGAGGCUGACAAUCAAGGGGCAUUAAAAAUGAUGGUAAUAUUUGACAUUGUUGAUGUUGCGUAAAGUGUGAUGUUACUGUGAAAUGGGCAUCUGAUGAAGCAUAUGAUGUUGCCAUUAUUUCUGUUUUCAUGCAAAAUAAUUGAAUUGUUUAAAGGCAUUUAUUUGCUUAGUAUUUGUAAUUUCUCACAUGAACAAAUUCAGUUUCACAUUUUUACUGUUAACAGGACAUUUAUUUUGAAAAGCAUCCUAUAUUUUUUGUUUGAAAUUUAUUCUGAUCCUGCCAGUAAACAAAAUAUUGCACAGGUAUGCAUUCAGUCAAUUAGGCAAUACAAAGAAUAUGAUAAAAUGUAAGCUAUAAAUUGAAGAUAUGUUAAAACUGUAAUACUCGUAUGACCCAGUAAUUCUUAAGAAUAUGCUUAAGAUGUUGUAUUUAGUCCAGCAAUGCCACUUUCAUCUCAGUGAGCAGUUUGAUCACAGUUGGGUAAAAACUGCUUCUGCCUCAGUUUGUUUUGAAUUGUACUGUAGAUUUAUUUACUGUAAUUAAUUAUUACAUAGAGCAUGAUCCAAAGGUAGCUGUUCAAAUAAUAUAUGCAAGCAUCUACCCUCUUGCCAUGUUUACUUUUUACUAAUGAAUCAAGUUGGUCUGAUUGUACCCUUAAAAAUCUAAUUACUUUAUUACAAACUAAUGAUAUAUGUUACUUAAAAAUAAGAAAUUGGUAUGUAUGAAAAAAAUAACAAAAUCUUAGAGCAGUUACAGAAUAAGAUGAAAUCAAAGAACAGGGAACUUUUCUUUCAUCAGUUAAGUUUUAAGUUUAUAUUGAAUGUUUUCUGGCCCAAUGUUUGCUUGGUAUGAUAUGGGAUUUGUUUCUACCCUCUAUGCAAAGAGAUACUAUAUUUUCCACUAGCAAAUGAUACAAUAUUUUAUUAAUUAAAAACAUCUAUCUUAUUUUUUUAAGAAAAAAAGUCUAAGAAGGCAGUGCAGUGGUUAAAGCAGACAUUCAUAAUUAUCAUUUAUUUGUUUCUUAAUUUGAAUGGUUAAUGCCAUAUGCUAUACUGUAUCUUUUAAUUAUUAGUGCCUGCAGAAUGUGCAGAACUCGACACAACCUGUGCCAAAAAUGACAACAAUAUUUAAUGCAAGUGGAGGCUCAUUACCUUUUUCUCUUAAUUCUUACAUGGUGAAUCGUGUCUUAGGCUUUUCCUUCCAAACAAUCUCUUAUGUAGCCAUUGAUAAUUUUCACUCUUCCCAGUGAAAGCCAAAAUUGCAAAAUUUGUAAUUGAAGAAUCUAUUCAGUUUUAAACUUUAGCCGAUACAACCAUACUUCUUUUUGUACAUAGUAGGAAUUUAUCAUUUUACAUCCCCCAUUAUUCCUUAUUAAUAAAUGUAGUUUUCCAAAGUAUAUAAUGUACACAAAAACAGCUCCUAAAAUGAAGGAAUAUAAAUUCUAUGUGGAAAAUAAGAGUGAGCACUUAAAAAUUUUGAAGGAAAAACGGUGUACAAAAUACUCUGAAAAUACAAUUAAGGCAAAAAGUAUUAUAGUUCAACCAGUAUAGUGUAUUAGAGAAUAGUGGCUGUGAACAUAGUGUGAAAGGUUGCAGAGCAUAUAUCAUUCUGUGCUGUUCACUUGUAAUAUAUAAUAGGCAAUUAUUUAAGUGAAUAUAUAAGAGGCUGUAAUAAAUGAAUAAAGCCUAACUGUGCCAACUUGAGCACGGUGCUAAGUGUUUGGGAACAUAGCUUGGGUCUAUGUUAUUCCCAAUUAAAUACAUAAGAAGCAGUUAUAUUAGGCGAAUAUACACUGCCUGGCCAAAAAAAAAGUCGCCACCUGGAUUUAACUAAGUAACUAGGUACGAGCCUCCUAUUGGAUAAUUACUGCAUGGGCGAUUAUCUUUCAGCUGUUAUUUAACCCCAAUUGGUUCAAUGAGUUGCUUCUCAUUUCUUAAAUAAUCAUGUUGAAAGACACAUCUCGUGGUCGUGGAAAAGAUAUUAGUCUGUUUGAGAAGGGUCAAAUCAUCGGCAUGCAUCAAGCAGAGAAAACAUCUAAGGAGAUUGCAGAAACUACUAAAAUUGGGUUAAUAACUGUCCAACGCAUUAUUAAAAACUGGAAGGAUAGUGGGGACCCAUCGUCUUCGAGGAAGAAAUGUGGCUGGAAAAAAAUCCUGAAUGAUUGUGUCAUCGGUGAUCACUUAAACGUUUGGUGAAAUCAAAUCGAAGAAAAACAACAGUAGAGCUCAGGUCUAUGUUUAAUAGUGAAAGUAAGAGCAUUUCCACACGCACAAUGCGAAGGGAACUCAAGGGAUUGGGACUGAACAUCUGUGUAGCCGUAAGAAAACCACUAAUCAGUAAGGCAAACCGGAAAAAAAGGCUUCAAUUUGCUAGGGAGCAUAAAGAUUGGACUCUGGAGCAAUGGAAGAAGAUCAUGUGAUCUGCUGAGUCCAGAUUUACCCUGUUCCAGAGUGAUGGGCGCAUUAGGGUAAGAAGAGAGGCAGAUGAAGUGAUGCACCCAUCAUGCCUAGUGCCUA